AUGCGUGAGUUUCAGGAUGUGGUGAGACAUUGUUCACUCAAUGAUUUAGGCCAUCAUGGUCCACUCUACACUUGGUGUAAUAAGAGGGAUGAGGGUCUGAUCUGUAAGAAGUUGGAUCGAGUUUUAAUUAUUGAGCAUUGGGGAGAUUGCUUUCCACAUUCUUACACUGUUUUUGAGGCUGGUGGUUGUUCUGAUCAUGCUAGAGGUCGCAUUGUCCUGGAGGCUGCUGCAACAGGUGGUCGCAGACCGUUUAAAUUUGUUAAAGCUCUGGCUAAAUUACCUCAAUUUCAUGAGGUUGUUGCGAACCAUUGGAAUGGAACGAUCCCACUGUUUCCUUCUACAUCUGCUAUGCAUUGCCUCUCCAGGAAAUUAAAAGACUUAAAACCAAGCUUGCGUUCUUUGGGAAAAGAGCAGUUUGGCGAUUUGUCCAAACGGAGACGUGAGGCACAUGAGGUUCUCUGUCAUAAGCAAGCUGCUACUCUGGAAAGUCCGACCCAACAAGCGCUUGAAGAGGAGACAAAUGCUUAUUCUUUGUGGCAUCACCUUGCUGAGCUCGAGGAAGAUUACCUUAAACAGAAAGCUAAGCUUCAUUGGCUAACUGUGGGCGAUUGA